UCCAACUUGAAUGCCUUUGACAGGACUCAGGAGGCAAAUACCUGAGGUUUGUGUUGAAGAAAGAGGAAAAAGGGACGCAGAAAAGUGCAACUUUACGGAUGACAACUGCUUUAAAACACCAACAAAGAAGAAGAAGGAGAAGAAGAAGAAGAAGCAGACAUGGCGCAGCUACUGAAAAUGAAAAGUAAAGGACUUAAGGAGUUCCGACAGCAAUACCUUCUCAGGAACAGCCAAGCUGAAGAGAAAAGGUGGCAAGAACACCAGGCGGCCACGUGCAUUCAGAGCUGGUUCAGGGCCUGCAAGGUGCACGCGUACAUCAGACAUCUGCACAAGAAAGCAAUCAUUAUACAGAAGAUAUGGCGGGGCUUCACAGCAAGGGCACGUUUCAGACAAAUGGUGAAGGAGGCAUAUUUUAUCAUGAAGAUGAAUUUCUACGAGGAGAUGGCGGUCAGGAUCCAGCGGAGAUGGAGAGGAUUCUAUGUGAGGAAAUAUGUCCACAACUUCUAUGCGCGCAAGAACUACCUGGCAGAAGUGUCCUGGAAAAACAAAGUGAUCAGGAGCGGCCUGGAUGAACUUGAGGAACUCCAGAAGAGAGAGCGAGACUGUCUGGAUGUCAUUAAAGAGCAGACGAACAAGGUUUAUCAGGCUCACCGUUUACACCACCUUCUCAGCACAAAGCAGCGCCCAGGGAUCUUCAACUCUCCAUUCAGGCCAGGUCCCCAUGAGACAGAGCUGCUGCUGAGGCAGGUCAAGUACCAUCGCCCCACCAGACUAACUCCCAGUGGCAAGACUUGUCUCUUGGGCAUUCCUGACUCAACAGCACCAAGUCUUGCAUCCCCGGGUAGGAAUAUCUUAGGAACCUGCUCCUCCAGGCCCAUAUUGCCCCCCAUUGCCAGCAAGAAACAGAUGCUCUUGGGUGUGCAAAAACAGCCAGGGGAAGUGUGGGAGCAGUGUGUGCGUUGUCCCGACCUGAUGCGUCUGCAGUCGUCGUACGCUCACCUGGAGGAGGCUAAGCAUCAGCUGCAACAGUACAAGUCCAUGAACAUUGAUAACGGCAUGCUGUUCGAACAAUACACAGAUGCCCACAUGCAGAAUUAGACCGUAACAUAUAUAUACAUGUACAAACACACGUGUCUUGCAAACACAAGUGUAUGAACUGUGUGAUAUAGGGAACUACUUUGCUGGUUUAAAUGAAUAUUAUCAAUGUACUUGACAAACAGCAACACAAUUUAGCUUUAUUUGUUCAUGUUAGACCUCAGAAUUUUAUUAAACAGACAUAUUAGUAUUGGAGGGGGCACAGCACUAAAGGGGUUCACAGAGGGCUCACAGUUUGUUUUCGUACAUGCUCUUCAAAUUGCAUCUUUAUGUGGAUGAUACACUAUCUUUAUCAGUUGUGUCUUCUGUGAGUCAAACCAUUGCUGAAGGACUCUCUCCAUGGACUUAGGUUGAUUCAGUGAUGAGAAAACAAAGUUAAUGACUUUUUUUCUAAAUCUCAUUGGGAGUCCCCGCUCACAACCAACAUAUAUCUCACUACUCUGCCCGGAGACCACAUUGAAAAGAAAAAGAAAAACACUUUUGGCUGGAGGACAAAAAAGAAAUUUCAUUCAGGAACUUGCCAAUUUGUGUUUUAGCCAUUUCUUGUCCUUUGUUUUUUUUGUAUGUUGUGCCAUAUUUUCUGUCAUUUUAAACACAAUGAGUGUUUAAGCUUUUAUUUACAACUAUCCUGAGCUGAACUUCACUCUUUACAACAUUGAAAACAUUAUUGAUAUUAUUAUUAUUAUUAUUAUUAUUAUCAUCAUUAUUGGAUAUCCCAGAUCAUGUUUUUUGUAAACUGUGCUUUCUUUCAUUGUGAUGUAAAUGUUUCUAUUAUCUAUCGUA